AUGGCUAGUGGCUUAGAGAUGGCACUGGCCUCACCGGUGGCGGUCGAUUUAAAAUACAUAUUCCACACCAAUCAGGCCGGCAUAUCAUACGCCUCCCCAUUUGGAUCAGUCGGCUAUUUGGUUGCUUGUAUGGCAAUAUUUUUUGCAACCGCUCCCUUUUGCACCCAUAUAUGGAUGUUAUAUGGGAGUCACUUUUUGGCCUGGAUGGGUGCGGCUAUUUUUGAAAGUAGCCAGGCCGUAUGGGUUAUAGAGAUGUGGGGCGAUAAUAACCCACCUGUGCUACAGUUGUCGUAUAUGUUGUACGGUUUGGGCGGUAUAUUAGGCCCACUACUUGUCAGACCCUAUUUAACCGGUGAUAUCUCCCACACGUCGACCACAACUAUGGGAUCAGUGUUUCAAACGACUACUGAUAGCAGUGUUGAUGAUAUAAACUACUCGAUUGAUAGGCGAGCAAAACUCAGGACCCCUUUCAUGAUCGCCGCUGCGAUCGUACCAGAAGUUGUGACACAAGAAGCAGAUCCGGAUGUCGUUGACAAUACAGAGCGUAUCGAUAAGAAAGAUAUGGAUAAUAGGUGCUACGCGAGUAACGUGGUGAAUUAUUUUCAAUACAUACCGAUCCAUAUGUCCUCACAGGCGGCCACAGAUUUUAUGAUGGCUACCACUGCGGCCUCGACUGUGGCCCGACUCAUAUCUACCUAUAUAUCAAGCAAAUUACGGCCGGAAAUUAUGCUAACUUAUCAUUUGGUUAUCAUUUCCGUUGCUUUUGGUCUAUUAUAUUUUGGCCAGAAAUCGGUGACAUUUAUGUGGAUCGGCAGCAUAGGAUUCAGCGCCAUGUGGUCGACGUUUUUUGUAUUUGGUGAAAAAUAUAUCAAGCUGACCAAUAAAAUCACCUCGGUGCUUUGCUUUUCAACAGCUGUACUCACUUUUGUCUCUCCCUUUAUAAUCGGGAAUCUUAUCGAAAGACAUGCCGAGGGUUUACUGAUGGCAAUGUGGCCGCCGACUAGUGUCGAUAUGAAGUACAUGUUUCACACCACUCAGGCCAGCAUAUCGUACGCCACGCCAUUUGGUUCAGCUGGUAGCCAAGCCGUGUGGCUUAUAGAGAUGUGGGCCGACAAAAGCCCACCUGUGCUACAAUUGUCUCAAAUGCUGUACAGUCUGGGCUCUGUAUUCGGCCCACUACUGGUCAGACCCUAUUUAACCGGUGAUAUCUCCCACACGUCGACCACAACUAUGGGAUCAGUGUUUCAAACGACUACUGAUAUCAGUGUUGAGGAUAUAAACUACUCGAUUGAUAGGCGAGCGAAACUCCAGACCCCGUUCCUGAUCGCCGGUGCUAUCGCUAUAUUAGGACCUAUUAUAUUGUUAAUAAUGUUUGUCGUGAAGAGAUAUAAAGUGCCCGAAAUUGGGACACAAGAGACAGAUCCGGAUGUCGUCGACAAUACAGUGGACACAAUCGCAGCAAAAGUCACGCAAAACGGGUCAAUGGAUAACAAACUUGUCACAAGUGGAUCGUCCAAAAUUAGGAUCAUUUUUUUCGCCGCGUGUCAAGUGUGCUAUUCAAUAAACGCGGUCAAUUAUUUUCAAUACAUACCGAUCCAUAUGUCGGCCCAAAGGGCCACAGACUUUAUGAUGGCUACCACUGCGGCCUCGAUUGUCGGCCGAUUGGUGUCGGCCUUUAUAUCCAGUCUAGGAUUCAGCGCCAUGUGGUCG